AUGGAAGCAAACACUGUCCUCGGUACUGUCCAACUGGAGAUCCCAACAUUCGCGGAGCGCUGGAAUACAGCAGAUUUGGUGAUGUGGAUUAAUUCACGCAAUGAGCCUAUUAAGACUUUGCUGGAACAAGUUGAGGCAGAGGUGAGUGAGGCGCACAGUUCAUUUGCCGAAAGCAGAAGUGAAGUGGAACGCAUCAAAAAGUCUCUGCUCUAUUCCAUCCUCUGUUCUAAGCAUAUUUUUCCCGUAAAUUACAUAUUUCAUUUGAUGCCAGGGCAGAGAGGCACUGGCGGUUGUUUGUAUCGCUUGAACUAA